UUCAGUAUGAGAUUUGGAUUGAAAAGUUGUUGAGUGUGACCCGAUUUAAUACAUAUUUGAGGUUAUCUGUCCAAAUUUAACACUACCAUUCCAACUCCAGAAUCAAAUGUAUUCGGUACAAAUGUUUACUGCGAAUAGAGGGUCGCGUGGACUCGCGGGCUGAAUUGCCCGCUUCACGAGACUGGCCUUGGCUGCUCCAGCAAUUUCAGCUCAGCAUCAAGCCGUUCUCGUUGCGUAACGUCCCGCGGCGGCGACGGGAGGACUCUGGCUAACAGCUGUGCCAAGGCCACGCGCCGCGCCCGCGCGAUCCGACCCCGCGCUCAGUGCAGCGACGAGCGGCGCAGCGAACACAGCGGACUGAGCGCGCGGCUGGGUGUGCAGCAUGGACCCGCCAGCGCCUCCGCCCCAGGACGAGACCCCGCCGGGGCUGACGGCCGGGCUCCUUCAGGACGUGCUGCGGCGCUCCGAGGACGACCCCGCGCUGACGGUGGACUCCGUGGAGGCGCGGCCCGCCGCGGCCAAGGGCGACAACUACGCCAGCGUGAUGCACAAGGUGGCGGUGGACUACCGCUCCGGCGGCGGCGCGCGCAAGAGCCGCUCCCUGGUCGUCAAGACGCCGCCCACCAACGAGGUGAUGCGGCGCUUCGUGCUGGAGGCCCUGCUCUUCCAGAAGGAGGUGUUCGCGUACAGCCGCCUGCUGCCCGCCCUGAGGACCCUCACCAGCUGCCCGCCGGUGACCCCCGCCUACCUCCCCGCGGACAAGCCGGACAUCGUGGUGCUGGAGGACGUCUCCUCCAGAGGCUUCAAGAUGGCGGACCGCAAGACGGGACUGGACCUCGCGCACUGUCGCCUGGCGCUGAGGGCGCUCGCCGCCUUCCACGGGCUGUCGGCGGAGCUGGUGCGCCGCGACCCGGCCGUCAUCGAGCAGGUGCAGGAGUCCAUGUUCACCGAGAGCAAGAGAGAGAUGAACCUGCGCUUCAUUCCUGCCGUCUACAGUUCUCUGGCGGACAUCGUCGCGACGUGGCCCGGAUUCGAGAGGUUCGGCGACAAGAUCCGCGGCAUCAAGGACACGAUAACCGAGGACCUGGAGCGGCUCGUGGUGCCCUCGGAGGACGGCUUCAACGUGGUGAACCACGGCGACUUCUGGGUCAACAACAUGCUGUUCCGCUACUCGGAGGACGCGGGCCGCCCGGAGUAGGUGUGUCUGAUCGACUUCCAGAUCCUGCGCUACGGCUCGCCGGCGCUGGACCUGCAGUACUUCCUGGCCACGAGCCCCGCGGCGGGAAUCAGGGAGGACCACGAGGACGAGCUGCUGGCGAGCUACCACGAGGCUCUGGUGGCGAGCACGAGCACCCUGGGCGCGGCGCGCGGCGUCUGCGGCCUGGACCGCCUGCGGAGCGACUUCCAGGACAAGAUGCGGUUCGGGCUGCACGCCGGCUGCACGGUGCUCAGCGCCGUCGUGGCCGACUCCAGCGAGGCGCUGGACAUGGACUCGCUCUCCGAGGAGUCGCUGGAGGCGGGGACCUUCAACCCCAUGGAGAAGGCGUUCCAAGGGAAGCGCUUCAAGGAAGCCCUCCAGAAGCUCCUGCUGUAUUACGAAAAGAAAGGCGUACUCUAACACGCCUUCUGAGGAUGUAAUUAUAAUUAGGCACUACUUCUAGAUAUCAAAACUGACAUACCUAUUUAUAACCAAUUUUUUUCUUUCCAUAUCUUGUAUAAAAAUACAUUUGUAAGUAUUAUUUUAUUUUGUUAUUUCACACUACGCAGGUGAUUCUGAGAAUGUAUAAAUGACAUUGUGAUAGUAUGCUGUGAAAUAUAUAUACAUUUUUUUCAUUUGUAAAA